ACAUUACAGACCUAAUCCUCAAAAUCCACCGAUUUCUAUUCCGGAAUGAAAGCUCAGUUUUGCUGCGUAUUAAGUUCUCCCGAUUUCUUCUACCCAGUUUUACCCUCCUACUGCUUCUUCUGAUUUCUUCUGAUUCCAUAACUUUUUCCUUCCUCUCGGCCGCCACAACUGCUUCUUCUUCAUCACUCAUUAGCAGACUGCUUCUUCUUCUUCAUCUGCUCAGCCCUGUUGCUGUUUUAUGGGGAUAUGCACGGUUUGUGAAUAUAAGAGAUGGUAGGGGAGCCACUCCCUUGCACUUAGCAGCACGCCAGAAGCAGCUUGAAUGCGUACAUAUCCUGUUAUACAAUGGUGCUCUUGUUUGUGCAUCAACUGGUCGAUAUGGUUUCCCAGGAAGCACUCCUCUUCAUUUGGCUGCUAGAGGGGGCUCUCUUGAUUGCAUUCGUAUGUUGUUGGCUUGGGGUGCAGAUCGUCUUCAAAGAGAUGCAUCUGGGUCUUCAAAAUGGCCAAAGCACUACAACGGUUUGGCAUGAAAAGAGCAUUAGUUGUGCACUCAGAGGGUUUAGAUAAAAUGAGUCCCCUUGGCCAGGGCGAGUCCUUGAUGUCACUCUAGAAAAAAUUGAGAAGUUCUCAUUUGAUCCAUUGGAAUUUGGCAUUCCUCGUUGUGCUCUAGAUGGACAGUGAAAUUUGGCAAAGUUUUAGGUUCAAUUUAGAAGAAAUAGAGACUGCAACUCAGUACUUUUCGGAGUCGAAUUUGUUGGGAAAAAGUAACUUUGUUGCUACAUAUAAAGGGUUCCUUAGAGAUGGAUCAGCUGUUGUGAUUAAAAGCAUUAGCAAAACUAGUUGUAAAUCAGAUGAUUCCGAAUUCUUGAAAGGAUUGAAUGUUUUAGCAUCGUUGAAACACGAGAAUGUAGUCCAGUUAAGAGGAUUUUGUUGCUCAAAAGCACGCGGUGGGUGCUUCCUCGUUUAUGAUUUCAUCCCUAACGGAAAUUUGCUACAGUAUCUCGACGUAAAGGAUGGUGACGGCACAGUCCUAGAUUGGUCUACUAGAGUUUCCAUUGUUAAAGGCAUAGCCAAAGGGAUAGCAUACUUACAUGAAUACAAAGUAAACAAACUGACUCUCGUUCACCAAAACAUAUCAGCCGAGAAAGUGCUCGUCGACCACCGGUUUAAUCCCCUACUUUCAGAUUCCGGCUUACACAACAUCCUCACCAUUGACAUUGUCUUUGGUUCACUCAAAGCCAGUGCUGCCAUGGGUUAUCUCGCACCCGAAUAUGCCAACACGGGUCGUUUCACCGAGAAGAGCGACGUUUGCGCGUUCGGGACACUCGUUCUCCAACUCCUUUCAGGUAAACAAAAGGUGACCAGCUCGGUACGUUUAGGAGCUGAAACUCGUAAGUACCAAGAUUUCAUAGACUCGAACCUUCACGGUCGGUUCUUUGAACACGAAGCGGCUAAACUAGCAAGAAUAGCAUGGCUUUGCGCUCAUGAAUGUCCUAUAGAAAGACCAUCAAUGGAGGAAGUGGUCCAAAAAUUGGGUAACUGCAAUGGCCGUCCUUAAAUGGUGAUGAUGAUGUUGUCACUUAACUACUCACUGAUGCAUGAAUGGGGCAUGCUUUAAAUUUGUGUCCUUUUGUUAAGGACUAUGCUUUUGUGAAUUUUGUUCAUGUGAAUUCAACCUCGUAAACGCUAUUUUUAUUUUGUUAUCCAAGAAUUUAUUUCUAGGCUUUUUUAA